GGCUGGCAGCUGGUAAACUGCGCACACCCACCUUCUUUCUCUCCUCUCUCUCACACACACAUACACACACACACACGGCCAUGACUAUGUAGUUGGUUCAUAAACAAGGGUCUUGUGUUAAUAAUGCAGAGGGCAGCGGGGAUUGGUUGAUUUCAGGGGAAAGAAGACGGCAGGAAGCGGAUUAAGGUAAUAGGAGCAAUGUGGGAAUCCCAUUUUCAUGUUUUUCUGUGAUGGGUUUUUGCCAGUUUUCAUGCCUCUGUCAUGGUUUCUUUGCUUCGACUCUUGGUUUUGGUCUAUGACUUGCAUUGCAUCAAAGAAAAAUCGCUUAGAUUGCUUUUCAGGAUUGCCCAUUAUCUGGCUGAAAAUCAACAUCAGCAAUGACAACAUGGAAUCACGGACUGACUUAGGACUUACUCUGGAUAAUUCCAGUCAAGGCAUUCAAAGAGGUUUAAACAAUAAUACAGGUGCAGGUGCAAAUGCAGGUUGUAGUGCUGACAUGACAUUUGUGGCCACCGAUUUCCUUUCUGAAUUAGUUUGGACUCCACACACAGGUUUGAGUCUUAAAUGUGCUGAUUGCACUUUAGCCAAGAAAAAAACUUCUGUUCUUUGGGGUGCAGAACCUAGCAAUAUGGUUCUUUCACUGACAAAAAGCAAUGAAGCACUGUCUUGUUCUAAAGGUCUUAAUGAGAAAGGGAACUUAAUGGGAUCAAAAGGGACAUUUUAUGUAAAGAGUAAUGAAGUAGCUGAGAGAGCUACGUCUGAUUAUCCUAGUAGUGAUGCUGGCAUCCCAAUAUGUGAAUCAACUCAUGGUAACAAUACAGGAAAUGGCGAUAAGAUGGAGCAUACAGACACAGUGGUUCAAGAAUCUGUUCUGCUUAUCAAUCAGAAUGAAUAUUUAGGAAAAGAUAAUGAGGAUACAUGCAUUCCAAUCAAUGUGCAAAAAGCCACUAUGUCUGAGACUAGACAGAAGAACUGUACAAGAUUGCAAGAUCAGGAAGAUGGCAGAUUAGCUGAUUCUACAUUAUUCAUAGUAGGUGAACCAGAACAAGAUAUUGCACAAAUUGAUCCACUGCCCAGAGACUCUAUUAAAGCAAUACACUCUGAUCCCAUUGGUGGAAGUGGAGAAUAUGGCUGUUGCAAUCAUUCACGAGGAGCAGAGGUUUUGGCCUCUGAAGUUCAUGCUGCGGGACAGUAUGAAGAACACAAUACCGAAGCAACCAAUUCCACAUCCUUGGGAAACAGAGACAAGGAAUUGGCUUUAUUCUAUGAAGAAAAAAGCAAAAAUAAAAUGAAAAAAAUUGUGCCUGGUAGCACCACUCUAGAAAAAUUGGAGUCAACUGCUGAAAAUGAUUUAACGCUUCUGAAUUGUGAAAAGGCUUCUGGUGCAGCGAAUAAGAUAAUAGAAUUAGAAUCAGCCAAUGAAGUUAAUAGGAGCCAUCAGCUGGGUGAAGAGAUGAUUCUUGGGGACAAAAUUCAUUCUCAAAAAGGCAGCAGAAUCCAUAGUUAUGAAAGGAAGGGCAAAGGAAAGUCUUUAUCAGAGGGAGAUGCUAAUGAGAGGAUGUCAAAAGAGGAGGAUGACAUCCAUGACAGCGUUGAAAGUUCUAAUGGGGCUCGGUUAUCCAUAACAGGAAAUAAGCGAUGGAGCUUGGAAGAAAAACUGUUUGGUAGUAAAAGAGUCAAAAAACAGAUGAGAGAGAGUCCUCCUUCCACAUCUUUUAGACAAGACAGCUCUUUUCUGAAUUGGAUAUCAAACGUGACUAAGGGGUUUCCCAAAUCUGAUCAAGGGGGGACGCCUUUUGCUCUCACUCUCCCACAUCCCAAUCAUGAGCAUGAAAGCAAUGAGCAGAAAAACUUCUUGUGCAUGGAAAACCAAGAUUCUGGGUGCAGAAUGGGAUUCCGUUCUAUUUUUCAGUCCUUGUAUUGGCCAAAUAAAAGGGCUCAGGAUGUAAAAAUGUUGAUUAGCCAAUGUGAAACAGGAGAAGGGUCUAAGAAAAUUGUGCUUGCUAAUAACAUAAAUGACGUCAACAGUAUUCCAUCAGCCUGUCUUGCGGAAGAUGAUAACCUUGGCAGUCAAUAUCUUUUGCCAAAUGAGAAGUUCGACCGAUUGCGGUCUGGAGAUGAAGAAGGGCCAUCAACCCGGCCUCUGAAUUCAUCGACUAAAUUUUCUGCCAUUCUAGAUAACUGCACCAUAAACUCCGCAGAGUUGAGAAAAAUAUGUAACCCAGAAAGUCAUACAGAGAAAGAUGCAGCAAGCUCAUCAAAUUCUUUGGGGAAGCGUAAAACCAGCAGUGCUGAUAACAAUGAUUUUGAUCCUCAAACUAGGGGCAAAGAGAUUGAUAAUGAUCACUGUCGUCUUGGUAGCUUGUGGAUAACUCGAUUUGCUGCAAAAACUCCUGGGUGUGUGCUAAAUACAGAGGAUUGCAGCCAACGAAAAUGCCAAUUUAUUAAAAAAUCCACUGAUUACUCUAGGCUUCUUCCUUGUUCUCAGAAUCAUGUCGAUUCUUUUAAGGACAAGAAAAAAAUUGAGAUCAGGGAGUACUGCAGUAGAGAGCCAUUGAGUGCUUUAGGUGAAGAAUUGCAACAUUGUGUUUCCAAUGCUGAGGCUUCUUUUGGUUCCAAAAGAACCAAGGCAAAUAAUGAUGGGAAGUUCAGGUAUAAACUGAACCCUAUUUCCCCUUCCUUUAGCUUUAGAAGUUCAGAGGCUAUUGCUACAGUCUUUGGAAGGAGAUUGGAUGCUUUCAAACACAUCAUACCAUCAAAUGAAACAGAUAACACAGAUCAUCCAAUAACAGCCUGUUUAUUUUGUGGCCUAAGAGGACAUAAUUUACAAGAUUGCCCAGAGAUAGCAGAAAGCGAACUGGAGGAUCUGAUAAGAAAUAUUGUUGCAUCUGAUCGGGGAGAAAAGGCAACUUGUUGGUGUGUUAGAUGUUUUCAGCUCAAUCAUUGGGCUGUAGCAUGUCCUAUUGUUUCAUCCAGAAAACAGCAUCAAUUGGAAUACAAUGCUUCUUUGUUUAAUCGAUGCAAUUCUAGUAGAAUGCAUCUUUAUACUGGAAAUGAAAGCACUACAAAGCUGCUGGAAAGCAAGAAAAUCCAAAUUCAAGUACCUGGUGCACAUUUGUUUAGCACCACAAGAAGUCAUAAGAUGGACAUGGAUCCUACUUCGAAGCAGAAAAUGAUGGAGCUGAUGAACACUGACAAGGUAAUUUCAAAUUCAAAGCAAGUGAAGUGCAUUGCUUCUAGUUGUGGGGAAAGCUUGAAAGAGAAGCAGAUUACAGCUUUGUGCAGUUGUGUCAAUCAGCAGAUUUCAGGCAUGCCCACACUAGUCUUUGACACCAUGAAGAAGCUUCGUGUGUCUCGCACAGAUAUCCUCAAAUGGAUGAAAAGCCAUACUUCACUCUUGCCUCUUGAUGGUUUUUUCCUGCGCUUGCGGCUCGGGAAUUGGAAAGAAGGGCUGGGGGGAACAGGCUACCACGUGGCUUGCGUAACUGUGACUGGGGCACAACAAAAGAGAUUAACAAAGGGAUCUAGAAAUCCUAUUUCAGUGAACAUUGGAGGGGUUGAAUGCUUAGUUGAAAGUCGAAAUAUUUCCAACCAUGAUUUCCUUGAGGAUGAGCUCAUGGCAUGGUGGUGCUCGGCCUUGAAAGCUGGGGGUAAAGUUCCAUCUGAAGAAGAUUUGAAACUGAAACUUGAGGAGAGAAAAAAGCUGGGCUUGUGAUAUUUGCCACUAUCUGGCAUUAGCAGGUUGUGUCGGUUGAAUUUACGGUUGCAUAAAUGCAAAACUGGCUAGAACCACAGCAUGAAAUGAGCUAUGUUCCCUGUUAUAUAGAUAUAAAAUUUAGAGGAAAAACAAAUUACUGUUUACUGAAUUAUGUUAGGGUAAGUUGGUUUUGUUUUUUAGUAUUUACCUCGCAUGUACGAGGGUUUGGCCCCUUUCUUGUUUGGCCCUUUAGUGAAUCCUCCUGUUUGAAAAAUUACACAACACAAUGGUUGGUUUGCAAAUAAAUUACAAGAGAUUUUAGUUACA